AUGAGUGAAUCACCGCAAAUAAGUGCGUCUUUGCUUCGUUUGAAGCUAUUGGAUGCUUUGAGAGGCGGCGACACUUUGAAGAUUGACCUGAUUGUUAACGAACUCAAUUCGUCAAAAGCAAAUAUCCACAACCAAGAGUUGAUCCAAUUGAAAGAAACUAUAUUACACUAUGCAGUUCAAGUUGCCAGUUUGAGCACAAUCCAGUUUCUUAUUCAAAAUGCUUCCAAAUACGGGUUGGAUAUCAACUCACAGGACCCUGAAGGCAAUACCCCUUUGCAUUUAGCAGCCAUGGCGUCUAGACAGGAUGUAGUCAAAUAUCUCUUGUCGUUGCCCGAUAUCAACGACACCAUCGUGAAUUUAAACAGAAACCAACCUGUGGAAGUUGCAAAAGAUUUAAAUCUAGCACAAUUGAUGCAGUUUGAAAGAGCAAAGUUUGUUGAGAAGUCAGCUAGUGACUUGCGCACCUAUUUCAGCAAACGAGAUUUCGAUAACUUGGAAAGGUUAUUGGUGUCGAAUCCAAGAGCUUCUGAACUAUUGGAUAUCAAUGGAGCAGACCCCGAGACCGGCAACACUGUGCUCCAUGAAUUUAUCAAGAAAGAUGACUUGCAAAUGUGCGAUUGGAUCUUGAAGCACGGCGGAGACCCAUUCAAGCGCGAUAAACGAGGUAGAUUACCAAUCGACCUAGUCAAUUCUAAGGACGAUGCAUUACGCAAACUUCUCAAGGCUGCAUCCAAGGACCAAACUAUUAUGGACCCUGUUGCUGCAACAAACGCCGCUGUGAAAACCGGUAGUGCGCCAGUCUAUAAGGGCUAUCUACGCAAAUGGACUAAUUUUGCAUCAGGUUACAAGCUUAGGUAUUUUGUUUUGGACGAACACGGAAUCUUGUCUUACUACGCAAACCAAGAUGAUACUAGUAAUGCAUGUCGUGGAUCUUUGAAUCUUGGCUAUGCGACUUUGCAUCUCGACUCCUCGGAAAAAAUGAAGUUUGAAAUUUACGGUAAGAAUGGGCUUAGAUGGCAUUUGAAGGCGAACCACCCUAUUGAAACUAAUAGGUGGGUUUGGACAUUGCAAAAUGCAAUAACUAUUGCGAAAGAUAACCUCAAGAGACGACAAGGAGUGAAAAGGGCUCCUACUACUAGCAGUACUUCUACCUCGGUCUCAUCUGGCGCAGGUGCUGGUGCAGGCGCAGGUGCAGGUGUCGCUGGUAAUGCUAUUGGAAGCAAUUCACCGGAAGAAUACUCAUAUGAUGACAGUGAGUCAAUCGAAAAAAAGAGACACCGUCUCAGAAUUCCUGGAAGACGUAAGCAUAAACGCAAUGCCAGUCAAGCGUCAAACGCAUCAACAGGUGAGCAAAACUUAUCCAGGGCAUCAACCGUCAAGAGCAAUCUUAGCCACACUGAAGCACAGCAAAUUACAGGUUUAGCUCCUCUCACAAAUUUAUCGGACUCAAAGGCUACUAGAGAGCAAACUCCUGACAUCAAUCACAGUGCACACGACACAGAUAAUGAGAAUUUUGAUUACGACGCCGACGAAUUAGAAGGUGACGAUUAUGAUAGUGACACUGAAGCAUCAAUUGACUUUGAGCAACUCAAUGACGAGAUUGCAACAAUUAAGAGAUCUUUGCAAAUUGAAUUGGCAUCUUUGUUGGAAUUGUUUGAGCGAGUGAUGACCAGUGAGACUUUUGAACCACACACUAAACAAGCUGAGGUAUGCAUUGUUGGUAAGAAUACAAUCAAGGCUGUUCAUGAACUUGUUGGAAAGUACAAUUUAAUUGUCGACUCGAGAGAUGGUAAGUUGAAAAAGGACUUGGAUAGACAGCACGAGGUUAACAAGCUUUGGGAAAAAUCUAUCAGGCAGUUGGAAAACGAAGUCAAGGCCAGAGAAGAUAAAUUGGCCGUUUUCCAAGGUCAAAGAAAACAAUUGAGAAAAUACUUAUCUGGUGGUAGUGCCAUUGUCAAAUCAAGUGGAACCAUUUCACCAGCACCUGGUGCUAGAUCCAGUGCUGGUGUUGCGCCAAUUGCUAAAGGUGAAGUGUUGGAAGAAAGCCCAGUCGAUGAGGAUCAACUUCAACAAGUCGAUCACAAACUUGACGAAGUUGUACAUCAUCAAGGUGAGCAACAAAUUCCACAAAACGUCAUUGGAGAGUUAUUGGGUGAAGACUCUGACGAUGAGUUCUUUGAUGCUGACGAAUUUGAAGAAGAAGAAGCGGAAGAAGAAGCGGAAGAAGUAGAGGAGGCAAAAGAAAUCGGUGACUAUAAUGAUGAUGCUGGUGCAGGUAAUCUUGAACCACAACAUUCAAGAGCUUCUAUCAACCAAGAUUUGCCAGUACCCGAAGAAAAUACCACACAAGAUAAUUUAGAACAAAAGCAUCAAGCCGUGGCCCCAGUUCAAGAAAGCAGAAGUCACCUUGAAACAGAGAAUGGUCAGGGCGGAGUGACUGGAGACCAAAAAGAUUUUGCUCCCGUUGGUGCAGCUGGUGUAGCUGGUGCAGCUGGUGUCGCUGGUGCAGUAGCUGUUGGUGCUUCCCAUAACAAUGAUAGUGUUUCUCCUCGUAAUGAAACAUUGCAAGAAGAAAAGGUUACUCAAGACGCCGUACCACAGCAAUCUCUGGUACAAGCACCCCCACCUUACACUUCAUCUAACGAACCACAUCAGUCAACAAAUGAGAAACAACAAGAGGCUCAAACUUUACCGAGCGACGAUGGCUUGAACCCAGUCCAAAAAUCUAUCAACCAUCAGCUUCAUCAAGAAGGUUCAUUUUUGGGAUACGAGAAUCCGCCACGAACCAAGCUUUCCAUGGAUGAAGAUAAUAGACCAAAGGUUGGUUUAUGGGGUAUCUUGAAAUCAAUGAUUGGUAAAGAUAUGACAAGAAUGACUUUGCCAGUUUCAUUCAACGAACCUACUUCAUUGCUUCAGAGGUUGACUGAGGAUAUCGAGUACAACGAUCUAUUGAACAUUGCAGCAGGCUAUGACGAUUCCACAUUGAGAUUAAUUUAUGUGGCAACUUUUGCUGCUACUGAGUACUCUUCGACUAUUGAUAGAAUUGCCAAGCCUUUCAAUCCAUUAUUGGGUGAAACUUAUGAAUACGCAAGACCCGAUCAAAACUACCGAUUGUUUGUGGAACAAGUGAGCCACCAUCCUCCAAUCAGUGCAUGUCACGCAUUGUCCCCAAAAUGGGAUUAUUACGGAGAAAACGCUGUUGACUCCAAGUUUUCUGGUCGAUCAUUUGAUUUUAAACACUUGGGUAAGAUGUUUUGUGCGAUUAGACCCGAUAACGGAGUUAAGGACAAGAACGGGAAGGUUGUUGCUGAGGAAUUGUACAGUUGGAAAAAGGUCAAUACCGCUGUUGUUGGUAUUAUGAUUGGUAAUCCAACAGUUGACAAUUACGGUAAGAUGAUUGUAACAAAUCAUACAACGGGGGACACCAUAACAGUUGAUAUGAAACAACGUGGAUGGAGAGCUUCUUCGGCAUACCAAUUGUCUGGACAAGCUUUGGAUCGUAAUGGUGUUCCGCAGUGGGCCAUGGGUGGUCAUUGGAACUCCAAGAUUUUUGCGAAAAAGAUUACCAAGGAGCAACAAGAUGGAGGAAGUAGCGCCCAAAGGAAGAUGUCGAUUAUUGAGGACCCUGAUAAAGGUUCUGCAAAAUCCACAGACCCAUUUUCAGGGGCCAAGUUUUUAGUCUGGCAAGUUGCACCUCGACCUAAAGUUCCAUUCAAUUUAACAGCAUUUGCGGUUACUUUGAAUGGACUUGAUGACAAUUUAAAGAAGUGGAUUGCCCCAACUGAUACAAGGUUGAGACCAGAUCAAAGAGAUAUGGAAGAAGGAAAUUAUGAUCGCGCAGCCGAUGAGAAACAUAGAGUUGAGGUUAAACAAAGGCAAGCUAGGAAAAGAAGAGAAGAGAAAGGGGAGACUUACACUCCGAAUUGGUUUACAAAGAAAAAACAUCCAGUCACAGGCGAUAUGUUUUGGGAUUACAAUGGCAAAUACUGGCCAGAGAGAAAGAACCAUAAUUUGGCCAAUGCUGGAGACAUUUUUUAA